AUGAUCUGUCUACAAGUUCAUUAUAAUCUAAACAGAAUUCUAUUGCUUGCUGUUGGUUUAUGGCCCUAUCAACAAUCCAAAUUCACUCAAUUUCAAUGUAUUUUUAUUUUUUCUACUCUGUCAGCUUGUAUUGUGUUUCAGUUGACACCAUUAAUAAGCUCGAAAUUUACUUCUGAUCUCCUCGUUAAAGUCCUGUCUUCCGUAUCAUUCUUUACAAUGUUCAUGAUAAAAUUUAUUGCUUUUCAUCUUAAUAUUGAUGCAAUAAAAGAUUUACUGGCGCAACUUCAGUAUACAUGCAGUGAAUUGAAAGACGAUUGUGAAAGCGCUAUCAUAAGAAAAUAUAGUCAGAAUGCAAGACGGUAUACAGUUGCACUUACAAUACUUGGUGUUUCUAGCGUGUUUAUUCUUAUUAUCGUUCAAUUUUGGGCGAAUAUUCUUAAUGUUAUUUUACCGAGGAAUAUAUCUCGACCACGUCAUAUACCAAUUAUGACAGAAUACUUUAUUGAUCAAGAAAAAUAUUUUUAUUUAAUUGUACUGCAUAUACAUGUAUCAAUUUGCAUUGGCGCUAUCGUAAUAGUAUCGACGGGAACAAUGAUGAUUGCAUAUCUUGAGUAUAUCUGUGGAUUGUUUCGAAUUUCUAGCUAUCGUAUUGAACGUGCAAUGGGAACUAAUGUGUUACAAAAUAUUACUGUAAAAAACAAAACUUUGAUAUUCGAAGGGAUAAUAUAUGCUGUAGAUAUUCAUCGGCAAGCUAUGAGAUUGUCUGAAUUAAUUCUUUCUAAAUUUGAAGUAAUGCUAUUUGGUCUAAUAACAUUCGGAGUAAUUUCUUUAAGUCUUAAUCUCUUUCGAAUAUUUCAGAUAGCAUCGACUGAAAGAGAUAUAAAGGAAAUUUUGAUGCCACUUGUAUUUGCAAUUAGCAUUAUAGUAUACAUGUUUAUAGCCAAUUAUGUCGGACAGAAUGUAACGAAUCACAAUAAUUGCAUAUAUGUUACCGCAUAUAAUGUUCAAUGGUACAUAGCACCGCUAAAUAUACAAAGAUUGAUAUUGUUUCUGUUGCAAAGAAGCGCCAAAGAUUUUUCUUUGAAUGUCGGUGGUAUAUUUUAUGCGUCUAUAGAAUGUUUUGCCACUCUUUUGAAGACUUCAGUAUCUUAUUUUACCGUCAUAUAUUCCACUCUUAACAGAACUCUUUUACUCGCUUUUGGCUUAUGGCCCUAUCAACAAUCAAAACUCACUCGUCUUCAAUUCAUCCUUUUCUUUGGUAUUUUGACAAGCUCUAUUUUAUUUCAAGUUUUUCAAAUGGAUUCAUCUAUAGAUAACAUCAGGGAACUUAUAUUUCCUGUUUUAUUCAUAUUUAUUAGUAUUUUUUAUAUGUUUAUUGCGAAUUACAUCGGACAAGAUGUUAUGGAUCAUACUAAUCAAGUAUUUGUUACUGUAUACAAUGUUCAAUGGUACGUAGUUCCUUUGCACAUACAAAGAAUUAUACUUUUUCUGUUGCAAAGAGGCACUAAGGAUUUUACUUUAAGAGUCGGUGGAUUGUUUAUUGGAUCACUAGAGUGUUUCGCCACGUUGGUGAAGGCUUCAGUAUCUUAUUUUACAGUUAUGCGCUCUAUGCGGUAAUAAAUCAAUAAAAAGGUAAAUCAAAUUAAAUUGUAAUAUAAUAAAUAUAUAAUUAAUAAAAAAUUUCGAAUAUUGCUUUCACAUUUAAACAUUAGGGACACUAAAGAUUUGAGUACAAAUUGAUUGAAAGAAAUUUUAUGUUCCUGAAGUAUCAUUUAUGUUCUAUCAAUUCAGCAUUCUACACCAGGUUUAUGCCCUGUUUAUCUUGUUUUCCCCUUUUUAUAUAGCCCCCUAUUUUUAUGCAGCCUCAGGAUUUGUGUAUUACUUAUAUUCCAGCCAUGCUUCUAAUUAGAACCCGUUUUUGCUGUGAUGCAAGUUAUUUUGCUCUACCGAAAUAAUGAGACUUUAUCAUGAGACACUUCAACAACUUAUCUCACGUGUAAUGGUUUCUAUUUUGUUCACUCUGUGUUUUGGUCAAGUAGCUUUAUAGUUGCUUUAUCCCACCAAAAAAACCUAAAAUUAGUCUUUAGGAUUUUCCACAGAAAAACCUAAAAUUAGUCUUUAGGCUUUUCCACAGAAAAACCGCCGACUAGACCGAUAAAGUGAUCGUUCUUGACGUUCUUAUUCUCGCACCUCUUUACGACCUACCUUCCGCAUUUUUUCUAUAAAAGAAUUUGAUAGUCUCCUCGAUAUUCAGAUCUAGCUCCUCUAUAUGUACCAUUAUUCGAUAAUAUUUGAGCAACUCGGUCAAUGUUGCAUCUGGGGAGUGUUUUCAAUUCUUAGUUCAGUAAAAUGGCUAUUUCUUUUCCAGUUGUUAGUAAAACUUGAAACCAGCGUAUUUCGGAAGUUCAAAGAUAUGUUCCUUCUAAU